CCAACAUGCUCGCGCGCAGUGGGCUGUCCGUGAAAACGUCUAAGGGGCGGAAACGAUGCUAAAAACAUUAGCGACUCUCGGGGUUUUGGGUGCGUGUUUUGACGCGGAGUUUGUUGAGGACACGGAUUAAACUCGGGGUUUUGGACUCUCGUGCAUCCUCUCACACCGCGCGCGAAGACAUCAGGCCAUCUGCACGUGCUGAUUACCAAGUGUUCAGGUGGUUGGUUAGCUAACAAGCUAGCUAGCUGUUUGGAUCUCUAAGUGCAGGUCAUCCAAAAUGGAUGACAGUAAGAUGGUUGGUGGAAAGGUGAAGAAACCGGGGAAACGCGGCCGAAAGCCGGCUAAGAUCGACCUGAAGGCGAAGUUGGAACGCAGCAGACAGAGCGCGCGAGAAUGUCGAGCCAGGAAGAAGCUGCGCUACCAGUACCUGGAGGAGCUGGUGUCCAGCAAAGAGAGAGCCAUCUGCGCCCUGAGAGAAGAGCUAGAGAUGUACAAGCAGUGGUGCAUCGCCAUGGACCAAGGAAUCCCGUCGGAAAUCAAAGCUCUCCUAACCGGAGAUGAUCAGAAAGGCUCGCAAAGCAGCGGCACCAACAAAACACCCAAAAAUGGCAAAUACAACUUAUCGGGCAUCAGCCAGAGCAAGUCGACUUAGGUUAAACGUUAGACGGCUCUCUUUUAAAGACGGUCCAGCUUGCUCCGAGAGCGACGGGGUGGAGAAAUAGAGCUACGUACACUGGUGUAUAUGAAGGAUGAUGGAACAGUGCUUCAGUCACACACACACACACACACACACACACACACACACAUAGCGCGCACACACACACACACACACACACAGGUGUUUGGGGUUUUGUUAGUUGUUUAGGAGGAAACUGGGUGAGGAACACUAAAUCUCUUCAAGUCCACAGUAUUGUCUUGGUAAGAGUCAUCAUUCAGGUCAUCAUUCCCGUCUCCGAGUUAGAACGAGGUGAAGUGGCGAGUUCUUGCAGAUUUCAGAAAGUCAGAAAAGCCACCGAUGUGAAGCGUGAUAGGACAAGCGAGACGCGCGCACGCGUCGGGGGCGUGGCCAGAACCAUUAAAGCUCUAAGCACUUUAAAGAAAUCCGAAGAUUUGCAUAGCACUGGGUUAAAGCUCUUCGCUCCUGUUGAUUUCGUGAAGCGGAGUUACGGAGCGAACUUUCGUUUCGUGUGUAUUUAUUUCUUACCGAAACAUAACGCACUUUCCUUUUUCCUCCACGAAAUAAAACGUGGAUUCAGCUUUGUGUUUGUGUUUGUUUGUUUGUUUUUAGUCACUGUAAAACUUUUGCCAUCUGAUCUUCUGUCUGGAAGUCUGUGAUAUGAUACUCUGUAUUAUGUUGAUACAUUCACAUGCAUUUCCCCCUUCUCUCUCUCCCCCCUCCC